GUUUACGCCGCCACUUUUUCUCUCCAAGGUCGUUCGAGCAAAAGAGGUAGUUUUAACCAGAUUAACUCACACCACGCACCACACAGCUUCAGGCUAGACGAGAGCCUGCCAAAGGCUGUAUGUCACACUGACUUGUAUAUUUCCCUAAUUUCCGCGACUUCUGUGCUUAUAUGGAAUCUCUAAUCCCCGUUAUAAACAAACUACAAGACGUGUUCAAUACAGUAGGGUCUGAAACAAUACAACUGCCCCAAAUUGUUGUUUUAGGAACACAGAGUUCUGGGAAGAGUUCAGUCCUUGAAAACUUAGUUGGUCGAGAUUUCCUACCUAGAGGACAUGGAAUCGUGACGCGGCGACCACUUGUUUUACAACUUAUCCAUGUAGAUGAAUCAGACCAUGCUACACGGAUCGCAGAAGGUGAUGGUACCUCAACUGAAUGGGCAACGUUUCUACAUAGUAAAAAGAUCUAUCGGGACUUCGAUGAGGUCCGUAAUGAAAUCAAGGACGAAACGGAUCGGGUAGCCGGGGCUGGAAAAGCUGUUAGUUCUGAGCCUAUCAACCUGAAAAUAUAUAGCCCACGUGUUCUCAACCUCACUUUAGUUGAUCUUCCGGGUAUUACGAAGGUUCCUAUUGGUGAUCAACCUGAGGAUAUUGAAACAUUGAUCAACGAUUUAUGCCUUCAUUACAUUAACAAUCCUAACAGUAUAAUUUUAGCUGUUACACCGGCCAAUGCAGAUAUGGCUACCGGCGAAGGUCUUAAACUGGCUAAAUCAAUCGAUCCUGAUGGCCGCCGGACUUUAUGUAUUCUAACUAAGUUGGAUCUAAUGGACCACGGUACAGACGCUCACGAUCUUUUAUUGGGGCGUGUUGUUCCAGUUAAACUCGGCAUAAUUGGUGUUGUCAAUCGUUCUCAAGCUGACAUUAAGGCAGGUAAAAGUAUUGAAGAGGCAUUACAAGAUGAGGCCAGUUUUCUGCAGCGACGUUAUCCAUCACUUGCUAGCAGAAAUGGUACUCCAUUCUUGGCACGGACACUAAAUAGGCUUUUAAUGCAUCAUAUACGGGAUUGCUUACCAGACUUGAAAACACGUGUAAAUGUAAUGGCUGCGCAAUUUCAGAAUCUUUUGAAUACAUUCGGAGAUGAAAUCGAAGACCGAGGACAACUUUUGCUCCAAAUUAUUACAAAGUUUAAUACUGCCUAUUGCAAUACCAUUGACGGAGUUGCGAAAGAUAUUGAAACAACUGAAUUAUGUGGUGGUGCUCGUAUUUGUUACAUAUUCCAUGAAACUUUCUAUCGAACUUUGAGUAAAAUUGAUCCUUUGGGCGGUUUAUCAACCCUUGACAUUUUGACUGCAAUAAGAAAUGCUACUGGACCAAGACCUGCUCUUUUCGUGCCAGAAGUUUCUUUUGAAUUGUUAGUAAAACGACAAAUCAGACGUUUAGAAGAACCGAGUUUACGAUGUGUUGAGUUAGUCCAUGAAGAAAUGCAACGCAUCAUUCAGCAUUGUGGUGCUCAACAAGAACUUCUUCGGUUUCCGAAACUGCAUGAACGUAUAGUCGAUGUGGUCACUUCUGUACUGCGCCAGCGCCUGCAACCAACUAAUCAAAUGGUUACAAAUCUAGUCGCUAUUGAGUUAGCUUACAUAAACACUCGACAUCCUGACUUUUUAGAAGCGCUAAGUACACAUCGGCAACAGGCUCCAGGAUUAGAGAAUCUGUCCCUUAACGAUCAGCCGACAACACAGGGAUCAAUUUCAGGAUCGUCACUUCGUGCUACUACUGCUUCACAUCUCAGUCGUCGCUUACCCGCAACUCUUCCGCUCGAAGAACAGUCCGGUUCAUUAAAUGUUAUUAGUCCAUCAUCAGAUCAAAAUUCAGAUAAUUUACAUAUUGGACUAAGCCUUACUCCAGAUAUUCAAACAGAAGUUCAACAACACAAACUAACACCAAAUGAACGACAUGAUUGUGAAGUUAUAGGUAAACUUAUUCGAUCCUAUUUUUUAAUUGUUCGUAAGAAUAUUCAAGAUACCGUUCCAAAAGCAAUCAUGCAUUUUCUAGUGAAUUUCGUUAAAGAUAACUUACAAUCAGAACUUGUCGGUAAAUUGUACAAACAAGAUGAGUAUACUACAUUGUUACAAGAAAGUGAACGAGUAGCUCAGCGCCGAAGAGAGGCUUCCGAAAUGUUGAAAGCUCUUCAGAAAGCCAGUAUGAUCAUCGGUGAAAUUCGUGAAACACAUUUAUGGUGAUGAAUUCCAUUUGUAUCAUGGUUUAAUUUUCAACUAUAACUGUAGUUUAUAUGCUUCUUUUUUCCUUGUUUCUCAUAUCAUUUCCUGUUGAUUAAAAGUGUACCUAUAGGCUUCUGAGCUAUUCAUACAAGUACACUACAUCUGUCUAUACAUCAAUUCUUUUGUCCUAUUUAUUCAACUGUUCUCAUUUCCAUUUUGACUAUUAUUUUAUAAUUCUUAUCUGUUGUUACCUUUACUACUAUCAAUACUAAUAGAACUACUACUUUAACGAACGCACACCAAAACUAUGAUCCAUCAUCUCAAAAACUAACCUAGCAUAAUAAAUAACCUAUGAAGAAUAUACUGUUUAGUAGUUGAUAUGACUGAUUAUUAGUCUGUGUUGUUUUUAUGCAAUUCUCGUUGUUUCGUUGCUUAGACUGAUAAUUCUUUUUUUAAACAUUAGGAAAAGUAUAUAUCGCUAUUCAUCUGUGUUUGUAAAAAAGACUUCUAUGUUGUACUUCCUCAAUAAUUGCAAAUGUAAUUAUAUGACAAAAUGAAUAAUAUUAAAAAUGUAAUCCCAAUUCUACAAACUUUCCAUUCUCCCGGUUUUUUUAAUUAUAAACCGUUCAUUUCUACUUAAAAUUCUUUAUAAUCC